CAAUUUAGCUCCCGAGCCUUAACUACCGAACAAAUUAUUCUCUUCUUCCAAGCCAACCAAACUAAAUAUCAACCCGCUACUUUAAGAAACCAAAAAAAUGCCCUAAAAUCUUAUGCUCAAUUUCAGCAAAAGUUUAUUAAUUGGAAGAAGAGAAUAAUUUGUUCGGUA